UGGAAACAAAGUCAAAUCAAGUCAACCCCUGCCCACUCUAAACUGUUUAACAGGAAAAUUGGAUUUGGUGGCGUUUGGUUGGAAGGAAAAAAGACGAAUCCGACCCGUGGUCUCUGAGUUUUUCCUUGUUGGGUCAGCUGAGAGAGAAGUCGUCUCCUUCAAUUCAACUGUGAUGACUUGUGGAGGACAUGAGGAUGAAAGCUGAAACCCUUGAAGAAAAGAUAGUUUGGUGUUCUUAAAACCCUUAAUCGGGGAUCGUCAGAGCUCUGAUGUUAAAGGAUUGGUGUUUCCUUUUCUUGGAGCAUGAUGUCAAGAAACUUGGGCGAACAUGAAAUUAUAGAUAGUGAAAGGUGCUCAGACGAUAAGACUUUUGAAAACUUCAGUGAACAUGAAGUCAUUCAAGAUGGGCUUUUGCAACAUUUCAGUUCACAUGGUGUUUUAAAUGGUGAUUCAGUUAUGAUAGAACCAACCGUGGAAGGCUUAAGAGUGGAUAAUUUAGAACCAUGUACUGGGAUGACUUUUCCAUCAUUAGAUGAUGCAAGAAAUUUUUAUUAUGAGUAUGCCAAGCAGACAGGUUUCACCAUAAGGACGAAUCGAAUCCGACACUCGCAUAAGAACAUGGCUGUCAUAGGCCGGGAUUUUGUCUGUUCAAGAGAAGGUUUUCGUGCUGUGAAGCAUACACAUAGGAAAGAUAGGGUCCUCCCUCCCCGGCCAAUCACAAGAGAAGGGUGCAAGGCGAUGAUUAGGUUGGCUGCAAGGGAUGGGGGUAAAUGGGUUGUUAGGAAAUUCGUACGAGACCACAACCACAAGCUAAUGUCUCACUGUAAAUUUCCUGGAGAAUUGCCUAUUAUCAACAUACUUAGUGAGGAAGAGAAAGAGAAAAAGAUCCAGGAUUUAUACAAUGAACUGCAGCAUGAAAGAGAACGAUCAGCAGGAUUCCAACAGCAAUUGCACAUGAUUCUCAAAGAUAUUGAAGAACACGGCGACUUCAUGUCCAUAAAAGUUGAAGACAUAGUUAAUAGCAUGAAACAAAUUGAACUUAAUGAUCCAUUUUAGUACUAAUGAGGAUGUAGUCAUUGAUACAGAUGGGUCAUCCAACAACUGAUCUCCUUGACCCAGGAUCUAGCUUCCUAACCACAGUGAAGGACCUCUGAAGCUGGGUAUCAAUCAUGAGCUUGACAUUGAGCCUAAUAAUUGUAAUGCCUGCUGGGGACAGAUUAUUCUGAUGCUUUGUGUAGAUUGGUUCACUGAAAUUUCAUUGAUUAGUUAUUCUGAUGUUAGUGUUUAAAGAUAGCAAUACACUUUCCUCUC